AUGUCGACCACAAGUUUGUUGUCGCAACGUCCAACGGACUCGGUACAUCGCUCUGGAUAUUCCUAUGAGCCUCACGACUACCGGGUUGUAUUGACCGGAGGGCUUCCCUCGACUGGUAUGCCUGCAACAGGAACCUUCGUUAAACAGUCAAGGAAUGGCAACGCUUCUCUGCGACUGUUCGCACAGGCAGGGGAUGCGGACCUGCCUGUCUACGACGCUGCGGGCCCUGUGGAAGGGCUCGUGGAGUUGUCGAGGACAGAGAAUGUGUCGAGGGUCGAAGUGAAGGUUGAAGGACUUUUGAGGCUCAGAGAGAUUGCGGAAGGCGGCCAUUCCACGGUUCGCCUUUGCCUCGACACUCGAGUCCUUUAUGUCAAAGAUCGAUUGAACAGUUCAUGUCCCAGCACGUUGAAGUUCUCUCUUCAUCUUCCUCCUACAUUCACCUUCGAAGAGGUUAACUAUGACUUGCCUCCGACAUUCAGUGUCAAACUUAGUGGACUCCCGGGGUUCACCGCCAAUAUUGAUUAUUCCGUCAGUGCUAUCGUAAACAAACCGAAUGCAUCUAGUCCUGUUACAUCGAAGGCCAUGGGACUUUUUGCUGGCACUAUAAAUAUAACCACCCCAUUCCUUUACUUUCCCCGAACUAGGCCACCCUCCCCUCUACCACCACCCCUGUCGACGGACUCCUUUGGGUUUACCUCGUCUAUCGAAUGGAACGUCUUUGAGUCAGUGAUAUCCUCCAGGAGAAUAGGGAUGCAGGACAUCAUGGCAAAGCUCUACAUCCCGGCAACGCGAACAUACUGCCUCUCCCAAAGAAUCCCUGUUCAUGUGCUGUUGUCGUCGAGUCCAAUCUCACUUUCCGCAUUUCUCCCGAUGAGUCCCACUGCAGUCACCCUGGGACAACCAAAGCCAACACGACUACAAGUCAUGAGGCAAUCAACCGUAGACGUCAGAAACGUCGUCCGGUCGGAAGCAAAGCGUGAAAUGUGGAGAGUAGACUGUAUUGGAGAGGCUAGCUUCAGAGUAGCGGCCGAUGCACCCAAUUGGAUCGCGUACAGCGGGGAAAUUCAAUUCAGUAGUUUGGUGCGGGCGACUGCUUUCAGGGCCGCAGGAUUAAGUGUCAAGGACUGUCUGUUGUUCACCAUGAAUCCGCCAGAUCCUCUCAAGUCCCCGUUCAAUGAUCUACGCCAAGUGAUUGGCAUACGCUUGACCACCGACCCGUGGGCGCCCGGGCAACAGGGAACUGGUCCAGUGGCCAGGCCAUCUUCUCUGCACUCGUCGUUCUCCUUAUAA